UUAGUAAUCUCAUUUUCCUCAAAUUGCAUCCAUAACUUGUAUUCAUCUUCCUUCAGAUUCUUGUUAUAUCUUUUCUUUAACAAUCCAAUGUCUCAAGAAAGCUUCCUUUCAGAAGCCACAAACGCCACCACAACAACCACCGCAAAAACCUGCACCUCUACCCAUAACCCAUCUCAGUCUUCCCUAACAGAAGAUUACUCGUACAAAAUCCAAUCAGCAAUUCAAUCCCUUUCUGUCGUAACUACAAUCCCUCCUUCUCUGUUUUCCUCCCAAGACCCUGCAUUUUCCCUCCUCCAUGACCCUCAUGUCUCCUCUCAAAUUUCCACACUUCUCCGCCACCCUGACUCUGGUGCCGGCGACAAUAACCUUUGCAGGUGGUUCUACGACACAUUCCAAUCCACCUCCUCCCAACUCCAACUUGUGGUCCUUCGUUUCCUCCCAAUUAUAGCCGGCUUAUAUCUCUCUCGCAUUCCUUUGCGUAAGCCCUUAGCAGGGUUUGAGGCAAUUCUAUUAGCUCUCUAUGCCCAUGAAACUACCUCCAGGAAUGGCCAAGCUAUAACGGUGAAUAUACCUGAUUUGUCAAACUCAAGUGUGUAUCAUGAAACGAAGGAGAUAUCAAAGAAUAAUGCUACGGAUUUAAACCUAGCAGUUAUAUCUCCAAGUUUAGAGCCUCACGGGACUGUAAGAUCAACAAGAAGAGCAAGAAUUGUUAGUGUUGCAUUAGAGUUGUAUUUUAGUAAGAUAUCUCUUAUGCCUUUAGGAUCUAAGAUUGAUUUUUGUGAGUUCUGUCAGAUAUGGUCUGGUCAAGAUGGUGAAAUGUACAAAGAAAUUGAAGAAAGCACUGAAAAUGAUGAGGAGGAAGGUAAGGAGAAGGAGAAGGAGAAAGAGAAGGAAAAGGAGGAGGAGAAAGAGGAGAGGAGGAUUCAUCUUCCGUGGGAAUUAUUGCAGCCAAUUUUGAGGAUAUUAAGUCAUUGUUUAUUGGGUCCUCAGAAAGAUAAGAAAUUAUUUGAUGCAGCAUGUCAAGCUUGUAGAAGUUUAUAUGCAAGGUCCUUGCAUGAUAUUAAUCCUAAAGCAAUUUUGGCAACUGGGAGUCUUCUUAGACUUAGCAAGAUGGCCAUAAAUCAGAAUGAGAAUGAUAUUGAUUAUACUGAGAUAACAAUGACCAAUGUUAUAACUCUUUAAUAUCAAGUACUCCUUCACUUUUUUUGUCUUAUUGUUCUUCAUUUUGUUUUGUAGUUUUUGACUCUUGAUUUUACAAUCUUGGUAUGUAAUCUCAUGAUUAUACAGCAUUGGAAUUUCAAUUUUUGAUUAUUAGGCUUUC